UUCUAUGGAUAUGAAUUAAUACAUUUAAUUACGAAAGCUUUACGUUACGCAUUAUAACCAGUGAACUCAUGGUACGCAAAUUAUAGAGAGUGCUAUAAAAGCAAUCGCUUGUAUUGACGGUCUGUCAGUUCUGGAGUAUCUGACACAGACUAGUUUACGUACUAGAGAAUUCGACAAGGUAUUUUGCGGGAUUCUCGUGCACAUAAGGCAUACAAUUGUAACAACGGCAAAACGAGAUAUGGAAAUAAUUGGUACAAAUGUGAUUCUGGCUGUUACAUUUAUUCAGUACUGCGGGCAGAUCAGUUGUUUGAAUCUAUCCGAAGCAAACCUACACAAAGAUUUAUUUUCGGACUAUAACCCAAAUGUUAUGCCCCAAGAGAAUAAAUCAGUGCCGGUAAAUGUUACACUUGAUAUGUAUUUGAUGUCUAUAGACAAUGUUGAUGAGAAAAGGCAAACUAUUACGAUCAAGGCUUUUCUGGAAAUAAAAUGGAGAGAUGCCUUUCUUACAUGGGAUCCUAUGAAAUAUCCCGGAGUUUCUGUAAUCAGUGUUAGAAAUACUGAUAUUUGGAUUCCGGAUGUCGUAUUGCAGGACACGUUUGACAAACUGACGGAUUUAGGACAAGAGGGAGGAAAAGCUAAUGUGAAAAGUGAUGGAGUGGUAACCAUCUGGCCUUACAAGAUAUAUACAGUUGCAUGUAAAAUUUCGAUCUCAAAGUUUCCAUUCGAUAAACAAAAUUGUGAAUUCGAUUUUCUUUCUUGGAGCCAUCCGACAUCUGUACUUGUUUUAAAUAGCUUACAAACGAAACCGGAUAUGACGUUUUUCGCAGAAAGCGGCGAGUGGGAUCUUACCGGAAGUGAAGUUAAAUUAGUAAGACGAGCUUAUGGUACUGAUGCUUGGGACCACGUUUACAUCUUUUUCGAACUGCGACGCAAAUCGCUAUAUCACGUUAUGAACAUUAUUAUACCAGUUUUAUGUAUCUCCAUUUUGAAUAUUGUCUCAUUUCUACUUCCAGCAGAAAGCGGUGAGAGGAUAACUUUGUCCAUAUCAAUAUUUCUCACUCUUGCUGUUUUCUUGACCACUGUCAACAAUUCAAUGCCAGAAUCUUCUGACGAAGUAGCUUCUUUUAGUGUUUACGUAGGUCUUCAACUUCUCGGAAGCGCAUUCACUAUCAUAUUCACAGUUAUCUCGUUAAAUCUCUUUCACCACGAGAGGAACUGUUCUUUACCGAGAAUACUGAGAACUUUUGUCAAAGUUUUCUGUGUUACAAAAGCAAACGGACGCUAUCAGAUUGGAGCAGAUGCACAAAACGAGACGUCUGUAGCUUGCUUGGACGAUAUGUCCCAUGAUCACAUUAAAGCUGGUAACGAUUAUCGACCUAUGACAUGGAAAAUGGUGUCUAGAGCAACUGACAAACUGUGUCUUAUAUCCGCAAUAUUUUGGCACGUAAUCCUUACGGCAAGUCUGAUAAUAAGUGUCAGAUAUUAGACAAUGUCACUAUUUGUGUGAUUUAAUCAUUUUUGUAAAACCGUAUUUUAUAAUUUUCUAUCUUGCUUGAAAUUUCCAACUUCUAUGUAUUGAAGUUCAAUUAUGCAUUUUCUGUACUAUAUAGGAACAUAACACUAAGCCGUUAACAAACAUAGUCGAACAUUUUAUUAUAAAUAUGCAUGUAUUUUAAUGUUGUAUUUCCUGUUUUU